UCUGAAAAUGGCUUGGUUCUUCUUGAUAACGUGUACAAAUCAUUCUCUGUGGAUCGGUUGGUUUCGUGUUAUAUUGCCUGCAAUUCACAGCCUGCGUGCCAAAGUCUUAACUUCAGGCUGAGUGACAAAACUUGCCAGUUUAAUAAAGAAACUAAGUUUUCCUGCCCAACUAGUCUGAAGCAGAAUGAAGGGUUUAUUUAUGCUGAUAACCCAAAUCGAGGUGAGAAUAUCCUUAAAACACUUGGGCUUUUUUAUCAGUUUGCGACUGUUAAAAAGUUUAUGGUUACAUUUUUUAUAUGGUUCUUCCUUACUGUUUUCAAGCAAACUUGUGUGAGCCAACAAAUUUAUUUUUCCUUGUUACUUCGACAACUGAAGAAAUUGGAAGACAUAAUUUCAAGGGAUUUGGUAACGUAAUAAAUCCACUCAGUCACAAGGUCUCAAGAAUACGUAAUUAAUCUGCGUCAUUCCGUCGAAAAGUAAACUUCAACCGUAAAAUUUGCUAGAAUCUAACCUUCUAUCGUCAAAUGGACCCAUUUCUAAGAGCCGAACGGCGUAAAAACUGCCUUAUUAGGAUGGUAUUAUUAAAACUUUUGUUGGCCUAUCAUCAACCGCAACUUAAGACGUAAAGUGAUCAAUACGUUGUAACAAGUACCUUCAUUUAAAAAAAUGUUAAUUGUGCUGUGUACAGUCGUAUGAUAAGUUGAUUACGCAUGCAAAGUAUAAUGAUUUGUUUGCAUAUUUUCAUGACAGCUUUACUCGAGUCAGUUCCCUUCAGAGCUGCGAAUUCUUGUCAACAUAUCAUUCAGAGUGGAGAUUCCACUGGGACUGGAGAGUAUUGGGUCGACCCGCAGGGCAAUGGGAACUCUUUCAAGGCUUUUUGUGACAUGACAACUGAUGGAGGUACCUUGGUGUUUUUUGUUUUCAAUUGUUGAUUUUAUUUUCUCGGUUAUUUUUACAAAAGAAGUUUUUUUAAUUCAAAGGAGGCUGGAUGAUGGUGUUAAACAUUAUUUUAGCAAGCUCUCAAUCGUCAUGGUGGAAUGGCGCCGCUGAACAAACGUUUCAAGGUAUGCGUAACUAUGGAAACGGCAAAAUGGCUAUAACCAAAAGCGCCAUGAAACAACUAAGAGCGUACAUAAACUUUACCCAGAUAAGAUUUCAUUGCAGCAAAGAAAAAGGAACAACAUUCCACGUCAGAACGACUCUGAACAACAAAGGUGCAAAAGUGGUGCGAUAUUUCAGCGGUGAAAGAGAUGAGAUGCCGGACUCGUGUGACUCCUUCGUCCGUAUGGAUGGUGACAACUCAAGACUGACUCAGAAUUGUGCGACAUGGGCAUAUCAUGGUAAGUGGGGACAUGUCAGGCAUAAUGUUGGAGAGAAUCGUCUGUACAACUACGCAGCAUUUGUGGCCCACAGUUAUCACUGGAUAAUUUCUACUGGUGGCCACUGGAUGUGCGAUGAUAAUACUAGCAACAACCUGUCUACUGGAGACUUUUGGAAAGUUUAUGUCCGUUGAAAUGCACAUUCUUGCAAUAACUUUGUAAUAGGACGAAGCAUAAGUGAACAGAGAGAAAGUCAAAUGGAAAUCAAAUAGUAUACAAACUGAUGUCUAGCCAUAUGCCUGACAUUCGAAUGAUUUUAAAUUUAAUAGUUUUUUUCACAUCUAAGUCAACCGAAAACACAUACUCCUUGGAUCUGACCUACACGUGUUUCAGCCACCUUAUAUGGUCUUGUCACGUGCAACUCCUUCGUAUACUUGACUCCUCUCACAUGGAACCUUCGUUUGAUUUCCAUGAAGUCUUGAACUAUUAUUUAACAAAUUUCGCUCUAGCCUUGUUAAUGCCAAGUAUUGAGGGUACCAGUUUUUUAGCUGUACAUAAUAUGACAUUUUUAUUCUUAAUUUGUAAGUUAGUAUAAGUUUGGAUACUAGCCUUGGACAUAUUUAGAGUGAUUUUCAUUACUAUAUACCGCAAGGGUGAAUAAUGCUUUCCGCGCACCCUUAUCUCUUGGUUCAGAGGUGAUUAGCAAGUACUAUUACCUCCGAGCAGCCAAAGAGACAAAAUCGCGCGUCAACAAUUUAAUUUCUGAUUAUUAUUUGAUAUUGACAGAAACAAACCAAUCGUUUUGGUUACUGUGUAGUAUAUCCAAAACAGUUAUUCACCUCAGUGAAAGCGAUAGAUAUCUACCUCCACUUCGGUGAACAAUUGUUAAUUAUAGCUUAUAUUCUCAAUCCUUCGUCACUGUACACAUUGUUUAAAUUAAGUUUUAUCGAGCGUUUUUAAAACAAGCUUUUGGCUCGGGUAAUUAGGCGUCCACUGUCAUGUUUAAAACAUUAAAUAAAGUUAUCCUUAUUCGUAUUUUCACGGAGUUUCAACUGAAAAAUUGAUUUAAACUUUUUGAGAAUAGCAAAUAUUUCAUAUCUUAACAAUUACGGAAAGGGGAAUGUAAGUACAUAAUCGAAAAAAAAGAACUUAAUUGUCGAUAUGCCCUGUAAAAACAGAUAAGGUGCCAUUCGAGAGCCUUCUCAUCUGGUGAUGUUUAUCACAUCAAAGGAGAAAAAUCCCUGUGGGAUAUGUUACUCUAACUGUGAUUGCUUGCCUCCCUUUCCAAAUAACCAAUGUAUUUUUCUGUUUGCUUUCUUUUCUGGUCUAAAAACAUAUAAACCUGCUAGAUAGUCGCUAAUUGAUAGAUUUGUAGACUUGCUACAAAAUAUUAAGAAUUCGAAACUGACCACUACGAAAUGUCAAAGUUGAACUGAGACCUCAAGAUACAUACGCUAUCUAUUUUAAAAGGUUUCCAUUUUCUUUUCCUUUUUUUUCUAUUUUGGAUUUCGGGUCACAAAAGAAUGCAAUGCUUCAAAGGUUCUUACGGUCAAUAUUAGUACUAUGUGUUGUAUGGCUAUUUAAAAUCGAAUGAUUGCACGACAUUUUCGAAGAAAAAAAAUGCUAACUUCCCUAUAGCCGGUUGGUUUUGAGGCCUUUGGAGCACGCACAGGGAACAGGACUGCAGGCACUGACGAUACCAGAUGGAUGUUGUCUCGAUCUGGUUCAUUUCGGCAUUAUAUUCGGUGAAAACAUAUGCUCAGCGAUAUAAGUUGACGCAAUGAUCUGGACUUGGAUUGGUUCUCCCAGAUGACGUGUACAAAUCGUUCAAUGUGGUUCGGUUGGUUUCGUGUUGUAUUGCCUGCAAUUCACAGCCUGCGUGUCAAAGCCUUAACUUCAGGCUGAGUAACAAAACUUGCCAGUUUAAGAAAGAAACUAAAAUGUCCAUCCCAACCAGUCUAAAGGGUUUAUUUAUGCUGAUAACCCAUAUCGAGAUGAGAAUAUCCUCAAAACACUUGGGCAUGCUUAUCAGUCUGUGUCUGCUAAAACUUUGUGAUUACAUAGUUCUGCCAUAAUGUUAUCAUGCAAACUUGUGUGGGCCAACAAAUUUUUUUCCUUGGUACUUCGACAACUGAAGAAAUUGAAAGACAUUAUUUCAAGGGAAUUUGGUUUCGUAAUGAGUUCACUUAGUAACAAGGUCUUAAGAAUACGUAAUUAGUCUACGUCAUUCCGUCAAACAGUAGAUUUCGACCGUUAAAUUUGCUAGAAUCUAACCUUCUACCAUCAAAUUGACCCAUUUCCUAAAGCCAAGUGGCAUAAAAACUGUCCUAUUAAGAACACCCUUUAGUUAUGGAAUUAUAACUUUUGCUUGCUUGUCAUCAACCGCGAAUUACGAUGUACAAGUACCUUCAUUUAACAACGUUUAUUGUGCUCUCUAUAGUCGUAUGAUAUGUUGAUUACGCAUUCAAAGUAUGAUGAUUUGUCUGCAUAUUUUUUGUUGCAGCUUUACUCGGAUCAGUUCCCUCCAGAGCUGCAGAGUCCUGUCAACAUGUUAUUCAGAAUGGAGAUUCCACUGGGAAAGGAGAACGUUGGAUCGACCCACAAAGCAAUGGGAACCCCUUCAAGGCUUUUUGCGAAAUGACAACUGAUGGAGGUACCUUGGUGCUUUUUGUUUUCAAGUGUUGAUUUUUUUCUCGGUUAUUUAUGGAAGCAGGUUUCUUUUUGUUUUUUAAUGCAAAGGAGGCUGGAUGAUAUUGUUAAACGUUGUUGGAAAGAAUCGUCUGUACAACUACGCAGCUUUUGUGAUUUAUACUGAUCAACAACGACCUGUCAACUGGAGACUUUUGGAAAGUUUAUGUCCGUUGAAAUACUCCUUCUUGCAAUAACUUUGUAAUAUAACGAAGUAUGAACGAGAAAGAGAAAAAAAGUCGAAUAAAAAUUCAUUAGCAUAUAAACUGCCUUCUAGCCAUGUGCCUGACAGUCGAACGAUUUUAAAUUUGACAGUAUUUUCACAUCUAAGUCAAAUAAACGCAAUCUCCUUGGAUCUGGCUUAUACGUGGUUCAGCCACCUCACGUGCACCUCCUUUGUAUACAUGAUUCCCCUCACAUGAAACCUUCUUUUGUUUUUCUUGAAGUCUUGAGCUGUUAUGUAACAAUUUCGCUACAGCCUGGUCAAUGUCAAGUGUGGAGGGUGCCAGUUAUUUAACUGUACAUAAUCUGAAAUUUUUAUUCUUAAUUUGUAAGUUAGCAUAAGUAUGGAUAGUGUUAUUAUAUUACUAUAUACCGGACAGGUGAAUAGUGCUUGUCACGCGCCCUUAUGUUCUGGCUCAGAAAAUUAGGGCGCGUGAUUAUUGAUUAGCAAAAAUUAUUUUCUCCGAGCAGCCGAACAGACAAAAUCAGUCGUCAACAAUUUAAUUUCUGACUAUUUUUUGGUAUAUUGACAGGAAUAAACUACUCUUUCUGGUUUCUGUGUAGUAUAUACAAACAUGAAUUCACCUUAGUGUCAGUGAAAGUGGUAGAUAUUUACCUCCACUUCGGCGAAUAAUUGUUAAUUAUAGCUUACAUAUUCUCUAUCGUUUAUCAAUGUGCACAUUGUUUAAAUUUAGGUUUUGUCGCGCAUUUUUACAACAAGCCUUUGGUUCGGGAGAUUAGGCGUCCACUCUCAUGUUUUAGACAUUAAAUAAAGCUAUCCUUAUCGAUAUUUUCACGGAGUUUGCAUUGAAAAAUUGAUUCAAACUAGUUAAGAGUAGAAGGUGUUUUAUAUUUUAAUUUUAUGGAGCAAGGAAUCUGUUACGAAAAAGAAAAAAAAACCUUAAUUGUCGAUACGCCGUGUAGAAGCAAAUAAGGUCCCAGUCGAGAAGCUUCUGAUCUGGUGAUGUUUGUCACAUCAAAACGAAAAAUCCCUGUGGGAGAUGUUACUCAAACUGAGGUCACGUGCCUCCUUUUCGAAAUAGCAAUUGCGUAUUUUCGCUCACGUCUUUUCCUGGUUUACAAUCAUAUUUAAACCUGCUAAAUAGUCGUUAGAUUAUAUAUUUAAAGACUUGCUACAAAAGUAAGGUUUUCUAAGCUACCCUUACGAAAUAUCAAUGUUGACCUGAGACCUCAAGAUGCAUACGCUUUCUAUUCUUAAAAGGUUUUCAUUUUCUUUUCUCUUGGUUUUUUUCUUUUUUUUUUUGUAUUUUGGAUUUCAAGUCACAAAACAAUGAAAAGUGUCAAAGGGUCUUACGGUCAAUAUUAGUACUAUGUGUUGUAUGAAUGUUUAAAUUUGCAUGAUUGCACGACAUUAUCCGAGGAAAAAUAUUAAUUUUUUUGUUUAAAAAUUCUUGUCGACUUAUCAUUCAGAGUGGUGAGGUAUAUAUAUAUAUUUAUAUAUUUAUAUAGAUAUAUAUCGCGUGCCUCCCUGGAGGUGCAUUGUGUAUUUUCGCUUGCGUUUUUUCUGGGUUGAAAAGAUUUAUAAACCUGCUAGACAAUAGUUAGAUAAUAGUUUAUAGAUUUCCUAAAAUUUAUUAAAACUUGUUGAGGGUAGCAGGUGCUUUAUAUUUUGAUUUUAUGGAAAGAGGAAGUCAAUAGAAAAAAGAAGAAAAAAAACCUAACUGUCGAUAUGCCCUGUAUAAGCAAAUGAGAUCUAACUCGAGAACCUUAUGAUCUGGUGAUGGCUACGACAUCAAAGGAAAACUCCCUGUGGGUUAUAUUACUCUAACUGACGUGCCUCCCUUUCCAAACAACAUUUGUGUAUUUUUGCUCCCGUUCUCUCUGGGCUGCUACAAAAGUAAGGUUUUUGAAGCUGACCCUUACGAACUGUCAAACUUGACCUGAGACCUCAAUAAAACAUACGCUAUCUAUUCUUUUAAAAGGUUUUGAUUUUCUUUUCUCUUGGUUAUUUUUUUCUAUUUUGGUUUACAGGUCACAAAAGAAUGCCAAGUGUCAAAGGGUCUUACCGUCAAUAUUAGUACCAUGCGUUAUAUAACUGUUUAAAAUUGCAUGAUUGCACGACAUUAUCAAAGAAAAAGAAUGCUAAUUCCCCUGUAGCUAGUUGGUUCGAGAUCUCUGUGGCACAAACAGUUACUGGCGAUACCAGAUGGAUGUUUUCUCGUUCUGGUUCAUUUUGGCCUCAUAUUCGGUUAAAACAUUUGCUCAGCGAUGUAAGGUAACGCAACGAUCUGAACAUGGCUUAGUUCUCCUUGAUCACGUUUUCAAAUCAUUCACUGUGGAUCGGUUGGUUUCGUGUUAUAUUGCCUGCAAUUCACAGCCUGCGUGCCAAAGCCUUAACUUCAGGCUGAGUGACAAAACUUGCCAGUUUAACAACGAAACUAAGACUUCCUGCCCAGCCAGUCUGAAGCAGAAUGAAGGGUUUAUCUACGCUGAUAACCCAGAUCGAGGUGAGAAUAUCUUAAGAACAAAUUUUUUUCCUGGUUAUUUCGACAACCGAAGAAAUUGGAAGACGUAACGUCAAGGGAACUGGUUACGUAAUGAGUCCACUUAGUUACAAGGUCUCAAGAAAUGCAAAAAGUCUACGUCAUUCCGUCAAAGAGUAUUAAAAAGAAACUAAGAUUUCCUGCCCAGCCAGUCUGAAACAAAAUGCAGGGUUUAUUUUUGCUGAUAACCCAAAUCGAGGUGAGAAUAUCCUACAAACAAUUUGGUUUUUUUAUCGGUCCGUGUUUAUUAAAAAGAAUAUGGUUACAUUUUUUUCAUGGAUCUGCGAUAGUGUUAUCAAGGAAACUUUUGUUGACCAGCAAACUUUUAUUCCUUGUUACUCGAACAAAUGAAGAAAUUAGAAGAUAUAAUUUCGGGGGAAUUGGUUACGUAACGAGUCCACUUAGUUCUAAGUUCUCAAGAAUACGUAAUUAGUCUGUGUCAUUCCGUCAAAAAUUAGACUUCCACCGUUAUAGUUGCUAAAAUCUAACUUUCAUUUCAUUCGUGAAAUAGACUCAUUUUUAAGAGCCUAGCGGCAUAACAACUGCCCUAUUAAAAACACCCUUUAGUUAUGGUAUUAUUGAAACUUGUCUUUAACUGCAAAUUAUGAUGUAGACCAAUAGGUUGUAACAAGUAUUUUCAUUUAUAUAAAUGUUAAUUGUGUUGUUUACAAUUGUAUGAUUUGUUGAUUACUCAUGCAAAGUAUGAUGAUUUGUUUGCAUAUUUUUGGUUGCAGCUCUUCUCGGGUCAGUUCCCUUCAAAGCUGCAAAGUCCUGUCAACAUAUCAUUCAGAGUGGAGAUUCUACUGGGAAUGGAGAAUACUGGGUCGACCCACAAGGCACUGGGAACUCCUUCAAGGCUUUUUGUGACAUGACAACUGAUGGAGGUACCUCAGUCUUUUUUUUGUUUUUUGUUUUCAAAUGUUGGGUUUUUUCUUUGUGGUUUAUAUAACCAGGCAUUUUUUUAUCGAUAGGAGGCUGGAUGAUGGUUUUGAACGUUAUUUUGCCAAGCCCCCAAUAUUCAAAGUGGAAUGUCACAGCUGAACAAACGUUUCAAGGUAUGCGUAACUACGCAAACGGCAAAAUGGCUAUAACCAGAAGCGCCAUGAAACAACUAAGAGCGUACAUAAACUUCACCCAAAUAAGAUUUCACUGCGGCAAAAAAAAAGGAACAACAUUCCACGUCAGAACGACUCUGAACAAAAAAGGUGCAGAGGUGGUGCGAUUAUUCAGCGGUGAAAGAGAUGAGAGGCCAGACUCGUGCGACUCCUUCGUCCGUAUGGAUGGUGAUAACUCAAGACUGGCUCAGAAUUGUGCGAUAUGGGCAAAUGAUGGUAAGUGGGGACAUGCCAGCCAUAGUGUUGGAGAGAAUUGUCUGUACAACCACGCAGCAUAUGUGGUCAACCGAUAUCACUGGAUAAUUUCUGUUCGUGGCCGCUGGAAUUGCGAUGAUUCUACUAAAAGCGUGUCUCCUGGAGACUUUUGGAAAGUUUAUAUCCGUUGA